UGUUUAGUUCUCUGUUUUGAGCUUUGUUGUAGAACACUGAGACUUCUCCAAGUUUGACAACCCAUCAAUGAAGUAUCCAUUCCCCCUUUUUCUAGUACUUCUAGCAGUCCUCCUGAUAAGUUCCCCAGAUGACAUAUACUGGAUCAGAAACAGUACCCCAACAAUAACUUCGAAAAGUGCCUCAUAGACUUCUAUCUUUUUAGAAAUCUCUCUCUACCUACUUCUCCACUAAAGAUGGACGUAAAACUAAAAAAUUCUGAAUUCUGGUACAGUCUCCAUGGCCAGGUCCCAGGGCUGCUGGACUGGGACAUGGGGAAUGAGUUCUUCUUGCCCUGCACCACAGACCAGUGCCACUUAGCUGAGCAGAACCUUGCCAAAUAUAGACUCCGAGUAAUGGAACCCCCAAAUAUGUCUCAAGACAGCAGACCCAGUUUGGACAAAGAUGGUCCUGACUCUGAACCUAACCUGUGGAUGUGGGUAAAUCCCAACAUCACAUGCCCCCUUGGCAGCCAGGAGACCCUAAAGCCUAGUAAGGAAAAGGAUGUGACAAGCAUGCUUCCUUACCCUCAGCCACUCCCAAAGGAAGAAAAGUCUAACUACUCAAAGGCUGCAGUGAUGGAGUCACUGCCAACUUCUUCCAGCAAGAAAUCUUCCCCACAGAAGUGGUUCACUUAUUCCCCAGGUGACUGGGAGUUCACAGAAGAAAAAACUGAGGAACAAGAUGACAAAUGCUCUGUGUCUCUUCAAUCUCCUAACAAAGGGGAGUGCUUCCAGAACCAGAAGUUAUGGCGAGGCAACAGCCAGGAGAGGAGGUCCUGGCCCCGCCCUCCCCUCAAUUACAGUCACCUAAUAGCCCUAGCAUUAAGAAACAGCCCCCCCUGUGGCCUCAAUGUGCAAGAGAUCUACAAUUUCACCCGACACCAUUUCCCUUUUUUUUGGACAGCUCCAAAUGGCUGGAAAAACACCAUCCGCCACAACCUCUGUUUCCUGAGCAGCUUUGAGAAGGCACCAGUCAACCUUCAGGACGGAACCAAUGCAAAGCCACGGUCUUGCCUCUGGCGGCUUACUGAGGAGGGACAUCGUCGUUUUCAGGAGGAAACUCGUGCCUUAGCCUAUGCACGGAGGGAAAGCAUCCAACAGUGCAUGAGCCAGCCAGAUGUGAUUACUUCCCUCUUUGGCCUUUGAACUACCACUUCUCCCUUUUUGGAACACUGCCCUCCUUACUGUGUCCACCAUUGUUGUGAUUGGCCUUCAUUAAUCCCUAAACCUACCCUACCUGGUUGGUGACAAGACUGUUUAACUGCAGCUACAGGAAUAGUAUCAAAUAAACUGAGAGGUGGGUACACAGGAAGCAGAGCUUAAAUCCAGGUGGAGAAUAAUGGAAAGUUGCAUGAGGACAUUGGCAGUUGUUAUACAUUUCAAGCAGAAGCAGGAAAUCUUAGGAAUAAUAGCAGGGAAGUUAAGGAGAGAGGACAUAUUUCACAAGAAAAGGAAUUCUGUUUACUGGAGUGUAUACUCACAUACAAAUGCAAAUAGUGGAGUACAAAACAUAAAAUGUAAGAUUGAACCAGGCCUUGAAGAGCCUCAAAUGUCAUGUGAAGGUAUCUGUGCAUAAAAAGAAAUAGACAUGGGGUUUGAAGCCUAGAGGUUCAAGUAUCUCUCUUUCACCAUUCAUCAGAUAUAUCUCUUUUUUUAAUGACUGAUUUUAUCCUUCCGGGCUUCACUUUUCUCUUCCUGACCCUGGACUUCUCAGCCUUGUUCAGUUACCAACCAAUUCCAGUACUAACAAAUAAUUCCAAGCAGUACUUGUAGUUUGUACAUUGAAAGCCCUUGAAUUGAGCUUGUAUCAACCCCAAGCCUUUUGAUGACAAAAGUUUUGCUUUCCAUUCUUUCAUUCAUCAAAACUUGACUGAGGAAAUACCAAAGUGCACAAGGUCCAUCUUAGGCGCUGAAGAUAAAAAGUCAGUAGUUUAAUUGGAGACAGACAUAUAACCACAUAUUUAUAAUACGACUGUAAUAAAUGUGCAACACUGUCAUGGAAAAGGGGAGAUAUUUUUCCUGGGAAAGGCAUUAAAAAGGAAAUAUCUUUUGAGUUAGUUUUGAAGAAUAAAUGGGGAUUUUCUGGGCAUGUAAGCUGAAGAAAAGAAAGUACACAGGCAACUGUAUAAACAAAGUAACUUCAGUGCUUAGAAGAGUGGUAGGAAUUUCAGUGCAGUUUAGCUAUAUUAGGGCCAAGAGUGGCAAGAAAUAUAGGCAAAAAAGGCUUUUCUGGUACUGCUUAGGUGUUUGGACUUUACCCUGUGGUCUGUUGUGAACCAAAAGCUAUCAGUGGUGUUUUACUAAAAAAUAAAAACAAAAAUGAACGCUUAAAUAUUUGUUUUUAUAAUUUCAAAAUUCUCUUUAACACUUUUCUAUACAGAUAAACUUUAUUUUAUCAGAUUUAAGCAUAAC